AUGGCUGAAAUGUAUCCACCGUACAACAAUCGGGUCUACGCCGAUGACAACAGCGACGCUGACAAUGAUCAGUCGGGCCCCACUAAAGAUUCUGCUUCGCCGAAGACUGAUUCCGGGAAUUCGAAGGUGAUCAUUGCUUUUUUCUUUGUUCUUUUCUUUGGCAAUAUUUUUUUCUCUUUCCAUUCUCAUCUUCUUGAACGGCCUGAGAACCAGCAUAUGAUACGUUGGGAUCCACAAGGCGAACAUAUCAUUGUCGAAAGACCGGAGCAACUCGCGCUACACGUUCUGCCCUCCAUCUACCGCCAAUCUCGUUUUGCAAGCUUCUCAAGGCAGCUCAAUAUCUAUGGGUUUAUGCGCAAGGUGAAUUUGCGCAAUGUUGAUCCAGCAAUCGAUGAUCCCGACGCCAGUACCUGGUCUCAUCCGACCCUGAACCGCCAUUCUCCACCAGAAGUUGUUGCCAACUUCAAACGACGCGUGCCGCCGCGUCUACCCAAGCCCAGAAAGCGCGAUCUGCAAGAACAGCAGCAGAUUAUACCACCUCCGCGCUCUGCCAUCCCAGGGUUAGGCCCUGGUAGUGUGUCUCUUUCAGUGCCAUCCUCUGGGAUGAAUAGUUCGAAGUUAGCCAAUCACGUUGGUAGAUCGAGAGGUUUCUCCGCCCCAGGUUCAUUUACCCCGCUCUCUCAGAGCGCAGCUUCAGGGGGCUGGGUAUCGAAUUACUCUCGCACUUCGCUUCCGCCUCUUACUGUACCUUCGGAGCCACAUCACAUGCCACAUUCAGGUUACGGACAUCAUCCUCUCUCUCCAUCUGAAGACUCUCCUACCUCUCCCUCGUACAACUAUCCGUCACGAGCAGAACCGUUGAUGCAUCAUAACUACAGUUACCAAGAUACAUCUGGUAGCCAGUGGUUCCCUUCCAACGGGAAUUCGUCGACUUCUCACAAUAGUAGCUUGUCGUCCCUUCUUAACCCUUCUUCUAAUGGCUCUAACGCCUACAACCAGAACGCUCGUCCUACGCCGACGAUCAAUACUGCUGUUCAUUCAGGCAGCAGCUAUAGCUCGCCUUUUUCCUCAAUCCCUCUACACUCCUCAGAGCAACCGCACUCGGCGUCCUCGUUGUCACCCGAAGGGCACUCUCGUUCACAGUCUGGAUAUCCGAUAACAUACGAUGAGUAUGCGUCUUCUUCUAGACCUAAUUCGAGUCACAGACAAAUUUCUUCGCCCAGCCCGAGGCUGUCGCGGUCGCCUUAUCACUCAACUAACACCUCCACUAUGAUGGUAAGGCGUCAUCGCAGACAUUCACAAGUCAUGAGCCCUUAUCCAUCUCCUUACGAAAACGGCGGUGGCUCGUCUUCUAGUGGGUCACUGACUGAACAUCAACGUCCUUCUAGCUCUCCACAACCUGAGAUGCAUCAUGGGCACCCAAACACCCAUAAUGGCCAUUAUCAGGCCCAUCAUAACGGAAUGCCGUCGUCUCUUCCUCGUGCUCGAAGCAUGAUGCAGCUUUCUUCUGAUACGAGCUCACCAUCUCCUUAUUCAUACCAUAACGCGCCGUCAGAAUUCGCAUACUCCCCACUUCCAUCUGCGUCGUCGAUCUCGGUACCCUCUCUCACAAGUGUGCCAUCUUCGUCGUCAAUCUCAUCUAUGUCAUCUAUCCACGAUACAUAUAGUAGACAUGGCACGGGUGCACGCCCUGGCACAGCAGCCUCAUCGAUGAGUGUCGCAAGUUCCUCGUCUCAAGCGAAUACCCCCCCAAUGGAUGGCGGGGCAAGCACCUAUGAAGUUAGUAUCUCAGGUGCAGGGAUGGGCGGGGACACUGCCAUGGUAAGAGGCUACGACCAGGACUAUGGCUUUGUUUCAAUGGACAACCAUGACCUUCAAUCAGGAUACGGAAAAGAGAUGUAA